CUUCCAGUUGGAAUUACAAAACGACGGCUUAAACACGACAACACAACUGCAAAUGACCCAAAGAGAGUAGAAACAAUUACUUUAGAACUAAGUUUUUAUAGCAGACCAAAGAUAGAGACAACCAAGUGCCAUUAAAAAAAAAAAUAAAAAAACAAAAUGACGCUCACAAACUUUUGGAAUUGUUACCGCAUACUCACCUUUGUGCUGCAUCUUAUAACGCCAGCUCAGUUGCAUCCCAGCAAAAUGUUUGGUACAAACAAAAUGCCCGAUCCAAACGAAAUACAAUUGAAACAAAUUCUUAUGUCCAUUGAUCCCAAUGUGCAACCUUGUGAUGACUUUUAUGGCUAUGCCUGCAACAAUUGGGAGGAACAUCAUACCGAUACUCAGUAUAAGGAAAUAACCAGCCUAUUGGAUUACCAAAUGAAUAGGCAAUUAUUGAAUAUCAUCGAGUCUGCAUAUCAAUAUCCUCUGGAGGCGAUGAACGAAUGCCAAAAUUUCGUGGAAAAAACUCGCAUUUACUACAAAGCCUGCAUCUCGGAGCAAGAAAGAAAUCUAAGGAAAUAUUUUGAGUAUCUCAAACCAGCUAAGGGCAUGGAAUGGCCACUUUUGGCCUUGAUUAAGGCUCAGCAACUUGGCAAUAUGAAUUCUACGCCUUCUCAUGGGGAGCCUAAAGAGUAUUGCAGUGUAUUUGCUCUGCUGGGCAAACUUCAAGGAUAUGGUCUCAACAAUGUUCUCAUAAGGCAGGAGAUACACAGGACCCACAAUGGUUCACUGCAAAUAGUGCUGGAUGUACCUCAGCCUAUGGAGGAUGAGGCAGAUCUAGUCCCUGCUGCCUUUAUGUUUUUGCUUAUGACUUUGGGCAUGGCUCAGGAAAACGCACCUAAAUAUGCGGAAAAAGUGGCUAAAAGCCAUGCCUACUGGUCCGAGCUAAACCAGGAAUAUUCACCCUCCGAAAACGAUGAAACGCUACAGUUGACCUAUGCAGAACUUUCCCAUUACUUUCCUCUAUUGGCUGAAUUCCUGCAUAACCUUUUGCCUACGGAAAUCCGCCAUAAUGACCAAAUAGUCAUAAGCAAUGUGGCCUAUUUCCAAUUCAUUACGCAGGUGAAAGAAUGGAAUGGCAUUGAGACCCGAAAAUUCAUCAAUUAUUUAAUGAUCAGAUUUCUAUUCCAUUUGGUUGCGGACACCAGCGGAAGCUUCAAAAAGAUCGAUUGCAUCAAAGAUCUGAGAAGAAAAAUGGAUUUGUCGGUAAACUAUUUGUACUACUACCAUCAGCCAAAGCUUAACCAUCAACAACUGGAAGGGCUGUUUCAAAGUUUACACUAUCAUUAUUUGGAAGUUCUGGCAGAGAAUCAUCUGAAUCUCAGUGCAGAACAGCUGGCUGAGUUGCAAAGUAAGGUGAGCACCAUUAGCGUAAAUUUGGGUAAUCUUCCUCCGAAUCAUAAUAUAUACGAAAUCAAUGAUUUCUACCGAGAGGUGCCUCCUUUGGACAAGCAUAACUAUUAUAAGAAUCAUUUACUUCUGCUGCAACAUCGUUUCCGUAAAUCUCUGGUCUAUCCGAAUAAUCAAACAUUUUUCAUAGCCAACGACAAUCGAGUGGGCAGCACCUCGGCCCCCAUUUAUAUACCCAGACAGCAUAUGGUUAUAGUGCCCCAAGGUUUGCUACAGCCGCCCUUAUAUCACCCCGGCUAUGAACCCCUACUACAAUGGUCCAUGCUGGGUUUCCUGUUGGCUCACGAGUUCACCCAUGCCAUCGACCUAACAGGUGUACUGAUUGACAAUCAUGGUUUUCUUCGUCCCAAAUACCCAAGCAUUUUGGAUGAUCCCAAUUUGGACAAAGCCCUGGACUGUACUUUGCGGCAGAUGCCUACAGAUACCUUGGAUGAGCGUAUUGCCGAUUUGGUAGGAGCUCGAGUGGCCAUGCAGGCCUAUAUGCGCAUAGGCAAUUGGUCUCCUAGUAGCAAAUAUACCUCAAUUCCUUGGAAGAAGCUAUUCUUUCUAAAUCUUUCGCAAUUCUUUUGUGGCCGCAAAAAUACCCAAUUCGAUGAUCAUGAUGCAGAUGAUGUGCGUCUGCAAUUAAUUGCCAUGAAUUCAGAUAACUUUGCCGAAGCAUUUCAAUGUCCAGUGGGUAGUAAAAUGAAUCCCAAGGAAAAGUGUCGUAUUUAUUAGUUAAGACAUUGUUUUUAAUAAAGAAUAGGAA